UUUCGGCCAUUCGAUCGACGAACCAAAAGCGAUCGAUACAAAGUUUGUCAGCAUUGUAUUCCAAGUGAAGAUGAGUCAUCGCAAUGGAAUUUACCGAACGUGAUUAUCACCAUGAAAAGCAACCGAGUGUACCAACAAUUGCGUAAAUAUGCAGUUGAUUUUGUUAAUCGAUUGAAUGCAGCCAACCCAGAUCAUAUUCCAAUGGAUUCAGAUGGUUUAGUGUCAAAACUUCAAGUAUGUUUCAAAAACUGGCAACUAAACACUGGCAUUUGGAAAGAUGAUCGAGCUCCAUUUCAAUUGAAAACUGUUUGGCACCGGGAUAUCGUUGCAGCCAAGAACAUCAUGUACAAAGGUCUUUGUACGGUGUUGGGAUUGGACAUUCAUCCGCAACUAUUGAGACCACAGAAUCAAAAUGCUGCCGUACAAAAUCAAGCAGCUGACGAUGAGGAUUCCAGUGACGAUGAGGACUACGUUUAUGUUCUCGAUGUUUCCGAUGACGACCAGUUUUAAUUACAUGUAGCAUUAAGAUUUCUUUUUAAAUAAUAUUAUUGUAACGUUUUGUUACUAUGCUGGGCUUGAGUUUUGUGGCCUUGACCGAAGUACGGGCAGUUCGGUAUAUAAAAUAACCCGUAGGUGAGUAUCAUUUAUUGAACUGA